AUGCUUGCUUUCAGGUCUUCAUGUAGCCGGCAUUUUCGCCGGACUGCCACAUUACGCGCAUCUACCGGCGGGCUUCGCUCAACACGACAGAACCAUAGCUUCGCCCAGAGCAGGUUCUUUCAAGUCUCAGAAGAGGUUCGAGAUGCGGUAGCCACAGGAAAGCCAGUAGUAGCUCUAGAAUCUACUAUAUACACUCAUGGCUUCCCGUAUCCCGACAACGUAGCCCUGGCUUCGCUGCUAGAAACUGUCGUUCGUGCCAAUGGCGGUGUUCCUGCCACUAUUGGUAUUUUAAAUGGCGUAGCUCGAGUUGGUCUCCGCGCCGAUGAGCUCAUUGAACUAGCGUCGACGGCGGAGAAGAAAAGUGCACUGAAAGUGUCUCGUCGAGAUCUAGGGUACAUUUGCGGUCUGGGUAUGGCUGGGAAACCGCUUCACGGAGGUACAACAAUUUCCGGUACUAUGGUGCUUGCGCACCUGGCUGGCAUCAAAGUAUUCGGGACCGGUGGUCUAGGUGGUGUGCACCGCGGUGGGGAGUUAUCAAUGGACAUAUCUGCUGAUUUGACCGAGCUGGGCCGCACCCCAGUGACUGUCGUCAGCUCCGGCUGCAAGAGCUUUCUUGACAUUCCCCGGACGAUUGAAUAUCUUGAAACCGAAGGUGUCUGUGUUGGAACAUUCGCCGACGGUCGCCAAGGCUCUGUUGACCUCCCAGCGUUCUUCACCCGUGACAGUGGCAUCAAAAGCCCCAAGACUAUUCAAAACGAGGCAGAGGCAGCUUCUAUUAUCUACGCCCAAUCGAAGCUUCCUGUUUCAUCAGGAAUACUUUUCGCGAACCCUGUCUCAGAGGAGCACUCUAUCCCCAAGGAUGAAAUGGAUGUAAUCAUUGAAGAGGCUGUUCGUCUAGCGGACGUGGAAGGCUAUCACGGUAGCGACAAUACACCAUUCGUGUUAGGCAAGAUCAAGGAACUUAGUGGAGGAAAGACGGUGGUCGCCAACCGAGCCCUAGUCGAGGCGAACGUCAAGCGUGCAACACGAGUUGCUGUGGAGCUUUCGAAGCUGGAACGCUCUGAGGCGACUAACGAGCAGCAUAUGCCGGCGAUUCCCCGAAUGGAUAGGGCUAACCAGGCUACUUCAGAGGAGAAACCGGGUCAGUUAGACAGUGAAUCAACAACACAGUUGAAGAAAGUGGAUGUUUUGGUAGCGGGAUCACUUGCGAUUGACCUCGCAUGCGACUUUGUUCCCGCGGCAGGACAAGGGGCCGUUCCCGCCUCGCGGACAUCCAACCCGGCCGUAAUCGAGCAAAGCCUUGGUGGUGUGGGCCAUAACGUCGCAUUCGCCUCAAAAUCUCUGGGUAGCUCCGUCAUGUUCUGCAGUGUAGUUGGCGACGAUCUGAGUGGCCGCGCGGCUCUCUCAUCUUUGCAGCAAGAGGGAAUCUCCACCCAGGGCGUAAAGGUGCUACCCACGUCUUCUGGAGCACGCACCGCACAAUAUGUAGCCGUGAACGAUGCGGCCAAGGACCUCCAUGUCGCCAUGGCCGAUAUGGGUAUUCUGCAUCUACCCUCGGAAACAUUCAACUUUGAUGAGUUUUACGAGCCACUCAUCGCACUCACGAAGCCGAAGUGGGUGGUCGUCGACGCCAAUUGGAGCCCAGAGCUUAUAUCCAAAUGGGUUGCAGCAGCCAACAAGCACGGCGCUCGAGUCGCCUUCGAGCCGGUCUCCACGACCAAGUCUCAAGCCCUCUUCAAGGGGACACCUGAAUCAGAGGCAGCUAUUGGGGAAUCUGCCUGCGUCCCAAACAACAACGUGAGUCUUGCUGCGCCAAACGAAUUUGAGCUCGCCGCCAUGUACUCUGCUGCCCGGGAUAAGGGUCUUUUCGACUCAACCGGCUGGUGGCGCAUUAUUGAUGCGAUGGGCAUGUCCUCGUCUGGCUCGAGGGACCGGCUCGUCGCAAUGACCUCCGCUGCGCUUGUUGACGCGGGUAUCCCUCAGCAGACUAUUCAACUUCUUCCGUUCCUACCGUGCAUCAUCACGAAGCUAGGCGCCAAGGGAGCCUUGCUAACCCAGCUACUUCGUCCAGGAGAUGCGCGUCUGACGGCUCCAGAGUACAGCCCUUAUAUUCUUUCACGAGCUCCGCCCACGGACGAGCUCAUUGGCGGUGUCUACAUGCGACUAUUCCCACCUGCAGCAGAACUAGCCGAUGGUGCUAUCAUCAGCGUCAAUGGCGCGGGAGAUACUCUACUAGGAGCUGUCAUUUCUGGGCUUGCAUCCGGACAAGAAAGAGCCGAGAAUAUCAUACCCCUUGCGCAAGAGGCCAGCCUUUUGACCCUGAAGAGCGCCGGCGGUGUCAGCCAAAACCUCGCACAGCUUCAACCUCAGUUCAAAUCUCUUGCAGCAUAA